UGGGGGCAGAAUGGUGAUGAUGUCCGAGUUGGUGCGACAUAAUUCGGAGGAGAUGGGGUAUUGGUUGGCCGCGCAGGGAGGGGUCUAUGAUGGCACCGGAUUCAUGCGGAAGCACCCGGGGGGCGAUACGGUCAUGGCGUUGUGCAGUGGGCAGGAUGUCACGGAGAGUUUGAGGGCCGUGGGCCAUUUGACGCAUCCGUCGACCCGGAAGCAGUUGGAGAUGUAUCGCAUUGGGACGUUGGGGAGUCCGCCAUGGGCGUCGUCGCAGGUCAAGGAGGUGUAUCUGGCGGCGGUGGAUCUAGGACAGAAGGCGGCGGAGAUGGAGAAUGUGUAUCGGCGGAAUUACCAGGUGUUGGAUGGGAAACUGACUGGGUUGGAUGAGCCGGGGGUGCUGACGGCGAAGAAGGCCCGGCAUUUGCUGGAUGCGAAGAAUCGGUUGCAGGAUGAACAUGUACCGGGGAUGGCGGUGUUGCUGGAUGUGCUGCUGGAGAGGCUGGGAAAGUUGGGGACGGUGGAUGUGCGUGCUGCUCGGGCGGAUGUCGCUGGGCUGGUGGCGCCAGAGCGGACACUGGGGACGGCGACGCGGUAUGAUUCCUAUGAAGAGGCGGUGCAGACGGUGGAGACAGACUUGGGUCGGUUGACCGAAGUGAAAGAGGGGUUGGCGAGAGUGCUGGAAACGGUGGAAGAGGAAUCUUGUUCGGGCCCCAGUCAGCUGCAAUCCAUCGCGGACACGCUGAGGACGGUGGCCAGGCAAUUAGUGGUGCUGGCGGGGAAGUCAGUGAUGAUCUGAAUUGGUCUCGAGUUAUUUCUCUUGUGGCUGGUGUAGCAGGAUGAAGCUUAGCUGGAUGUAUAUUCCUGAU